GGAUGUCAGUGAAUGUGCAUCUCUCUCCAGGAGAGCCCUCCCUCUGGCAGGCAGCCAUGCCAAGCGGGUUCGCGUGAUCACAGACACCUCAGCUUCUGCGUCAGGCUGUUGUGACCUGAGGAGAAAGAUGUCGGUGGUGUAGUCACCCUCCCUGGCCACCCCCAGCCCCACCACCUCCAGCCAGCCCAGGAGUCAGCGGCCCCACAUCGCCCUGCCCGGGUGGCCAGACAUCAGCACAAUCUGGAAUUUCCAGUCUGUAAAUCACAAACUUGGGGGGUGGGGAGGAGUGUGCCCUCUUCCAGACACCGGCCGCUCCUCAGAGACUGGCCCAAGGAGGGGCCUGGCAUAUAUAGGGAGCCUCUGCCGGACGGGCUGGCCACAGAGGCUCCUGGCAAAGAAGGUGAGGAGGGGGCUCCGGGGACCUGGGUGUGGCAGGAGGCGUGGGUGGUCUGAGGCUCAGAGGGCCAGUCACUGCGCACCCCACCUGCCUCUGUGUCCUCUUCUAUAGAGUGCCCACAGCUGGGGGUGGGAGGUGGGUGUGCAGGGGUGCAGCUGGCCGGGCUGGGGGCCCCGCCUCUCCCGCCCUGCCUGGCCCCAUCCCACCCGUGUCCCAGGCAGCACCAUGGCUUCCGCGGCGGCAGAGGCAGAGAAGGGGUCUCCGGCUGUGGUGGGGCUGCUGGUCGUGGGCAACAUCAUCAUUCUGCUGUCAGGCCUGGCCCUGUUCGCCGAGACCGUGUGGGUCACAGCCGACCAGUACCACGUGUACCCGCUGAUGGGCGUCUCAGGCAAAGACGACGUCUUCGCCGGAGCCUGGAUCGCGAUCUUCUGUGGCUUCUCCUUCUUCGUGGUGGCCAGCUUCGGUGUGGGAGCCACGCUCUGCCGCCGCCGCUCCAUGAUCCUUACGUACCUGGUGCUCAUGCUCGUCGUCUACAUCUUUGAGUGCGCCUCCUGCAUCACGGCCUACACCCACCGGGACUACAUGGUGUCCAGCCCAGCGCUGAUCACGCAGCAGAUGCUGACCUUCUACGGCGCAGACUCAGCCCAGGGCCGGGAGCUGACCCGCCUAUGGGACCGCAUCAUGAUGGAGCAACAGUGCUGCGGCACCUCGGGCCCCCUGGACUGGGUCAACUUCACAUCGGCCUUCCGGGCGGCCACCCCGGAGGGGGUGUUCCCUUGGCCCCCUCUGUGCUGUCGCCGGACAGGCAACUUCAUCCCCCUCAGUGAAGAAGGCUGCCGCCUGGGCCACCUGGACUACCUGUUCACCAAGGGCUGCUUCGAGCACAUCAGCCAUGCCAUCGACAGCUACACGUGGGGCAUCUCGUGGUUUGGGUUUGCCAUCCUGAUGUGGACGCUCCCCGUGAUGCUGCUGGCCAUGUAUUUCUACACCAGACUGUGAGGAACAAGAAAAGACCAAAGGCACAGCUCAGCCCCCUCGCCACCUGCUCGCUUGCCGAGAGCCCUUGGGGGGCCUCACCUCUCCCCAUCGUGGCUCUCUCACCCUUGCCUCAGUCCAACCCAAGUCUCUUUGACCAUGUUUCUGAGCUCUUUUGGGACUUGGGGCGCCCUGAAACCCCCGGGCACCUUUGCCCAGACCCUUUGCAUUGGUGGGUUCCUGGCCUGCCUUUGGCAUUAACAAAACUUCCGUCCCAAGGUCCACUUCCCAGCGAGCUCUCCCUCAGUCUGUCCCAACCCCCUUGACAACUGUUAUUGUUAUUCACGCGUGAUAAAUGUCCUUUUUGACUUUGCAAAAUUGCUAUCAUCACGGUCCGCAUGUAGCUGUGUAAGCACACACGCUUUUAAUAGAAUUGUGCUUUAAAGAAUGGCUUUGCAACUUGCUUUCUUAGUAUGGACCGUUUCUCAUGUCAGUUUUUGUGAAUUUACCUUUUCUUUUUU